AUGACUGCGAGUUCGACAUGUAGCUCGAGCGACUUCCUAGAUAUCUCCGACCAGAAGAAACGGUUCAAAGUUUCCGAAACCACCUCUCAUCAAUACCAUCCCGACACAGACGACGAAGAGGACAGUACAGAUGACGAAGAAAUCGAAGUAGUCAGUGAAGCGAACGAGACAGACAACGACGAAGAAGAUAUUGAUCCGAAUCACCAGCUUCUCGGAAUGACCUUUGAGGAGUUGGCUCAAUCUCGCAGUUUGGUAUAA